CGUGACACGAUACACGACGACGCACAAUGGCAUUUGUGUGUGUGUGUUGUCUCGGCUUUUGUUUUUACAUUUUCAAUGACACGUUUAUUGUGUGCAAACGACAAGUCGACUAAAGCGCGAUAAUAUUUACACACUCUCCGCCGUCAAUCUAAUAAAGACGCUCAUCGUACAGUUUAUGUUGGAUUCGUCUCAGACCGGCCGACGUCAACACGUCAUUAAUGCACACACGCGAUAAAAAUUAUUUGUUUUAUUAACACUGCACAAUAAUAUUGUAUCACCGUUAUCUAUUAUUUUUAUUCCGUAAACGACCAUCGUUCGCAGGCGGCUGGACCGUCGGAAAUCCGUCCAAAGUCGAGGCAUACAUAUCACCAACAUAUCAUGAAGGGAUCGUGGAUUUUGAUCCUUUGCUCGCUGUCUGCAGCAGGGCAACGAGUCCUAGGAAGUAUUUUCCCUCCGACAGAUGAUCCGCCGCCGUCACCCCCCGUGAUACCAGCCCAGAACAACAACUGGCCUAUAACCGUUGAAAUCACUCCUAUCGUAAAAUCGGCUACACCGAUUGUAGUUGAGGAAUUAGCUGCUACGGAAUUUCACUCAGAGCAAAACCCCAUAAGGCCAAAAGAAUCGGAAGUUAAACCAAUACCAGAGCAGCAACCACAACCGGUACCGCAACAGUAUCGGCCACAGCAGCAAGAACAGCGACCGGAAAACAAUCAGCAAAUUCAAGUUCAGCUGCGAGAACAGCAGGAACAAAUCCAGCAACAUCAAGUUCAACUACAACAGGAACAGAUCCAGCAACAUCAGGUUCAGUUGCUACAAGAAAAGCAACAGGAACAGCACCAACAAGACCAAAUUCAACAACAGAAAGAACAGCAACAGGAACAGAACCAGAAAUAUGGAAUUGAACAGCAGCAAAAACCAACAGAAAUUAUUAUAACCAACACAUCAAACGGUGCAUCCGUAUUGCCGCAGUUAACCAUUGGCGAUAUAAUUAUGGGUAACAGUACAUUACCAGUAGGUACUAAAAAUUCUUCCACAGGCAAUUGAAUGUAAAAUAAAUUUCAUAGCUUUGACGCGAAGCCGUUUAUCAUUAUGAAAACUAAUUAUAACUUAUAAAUAAUAAAUUAUUUAUUAUGACAUGUGUACUUGACAGAUAGUUGCUCUUCAACGAUUUUCCAAAUUUCACCCACAAAUCCGGAGAUGUUGUAGAUUAUACCAUUAUUGUGUUUGUAUAAAAUCAAGUAUGGAGACAUCUAAUAAAAUAUUUCUAAAUCAAUUGAAA